AUGUCAUAUUCUAGUAGUGGAGCUGUAGCAACUUUAUGGUCUCCAACUAAUUACAACGGCGCAACCAAAAUUCCAGUACCAAGCACAACUCGUCGGUACUCUACCACCUCGAGUACUUCCACAUAUCGAUCGAGCGGAAGUCAGGAGCGAUCGUACUACGGUUCGACGACAAACUCGUACGCUACCUCCUCGAGAAAUGUUCAAACAGAGUACCGAUCCAGAUAUUCUACUCCGAUUAGGUAA